UGUUUUCCAGCUUCCCAGAUGUGCCAGUUACAGGCACCUCUCCCAGCGCUCGAGCUUUGCUGCCUCUGCUGUGCCUCGCUCGCCGCGGCCUUAGCCAGCGACAGCGGUAGCGGCGGCAGCGGAUUAAAUGAUGAUUACGUCUUUGUCACGCCAGUAGAAGUGGACUCAGGCGGGUCAUAUAUUUCACACGACAUUUUGCACACCGGCAGGAAAAAGCGCUCGGUGCAGAGUGGCAGGAGCUCCUUGCACUACCGAUUUUCAGCAUUUGGACAGGAGCUACACUUAGAACUUGAGCCCACGGUGCUUUUGAGCAGUCACUUUAUUGUCCAGGUGCUUGGAAAAGACGGUGCCUCAGAGACUCGGGAACCUUCCGUGCGACGAUGUUUCUAUCAGGGAUUUAUCAGAAAUGACAGCUCCUCGUCUGUGGCUGUGUCUACGUGUGCUGGCUUGUCGGGUCUCAUAAGGACACACAAAAAUGAAUUCCUCAUCUCACCGUUACCUCAGCUGCUGGCCCAGGAACACAACUACAGCACCCCUGUGGGCCACCAUCCCCAUGUACUGUACAAGAGGACAGCAGAGGAGAAGGUCCAGUGGUACAGUGGCUACCCUGGCCCCAGCCGGACUUACCCCGGUCACUCCCCAAGUCACACUCCCCCUGCAUCCCAGAGUGCAGAGACAGAAUCCCACCGUCGAAGGUGGCAAAAGCAGCAUUUUUGUGGACGACGCAAGAAAUAUGCUCCCCAGCCUCCCACUGAGGACGCCUACCUACGAUUGGAUGAGUACGGGAGCUCAGGACGGCCCCGGAGAUCAGCUGGGAAGUCCCAGAAGGGCCUCAGUGUGGAAACCCUCGUGGUGGCAGACAAGAAGAUGGUGGAAAAGCACGGCAAGGGCAAUGUCACCACGUACAUCCUCACAGUCAUGAACAUGGUUUCCAGCCUGUUUAAAGAUGGAACAAUUGGAAGUGACAUAAACAUUGUAGUGGUGGGCCUCAUUCUUCUGGAACAAGAGCCUGGAGGACUGUUGAUCAACCACCAUGCGGAUCAGUCCCUGAACAGUUUUUGUCAGUGGCAGUCUGCCCUCAUUGGAAAGAACGGCAAGAGGCACGACCAUGCCAUCUUACUCACAGGAUUUGACAUUUGUUCCUGGAAGAAUGAACCGUGUGACACUCUAGGGUUUGCCCCAAUCAGUGGGAUGUGCAGUAAGUACCGAAGUUGCACCAUCAAUGAAGACACGGGGCUGGGCCUUGCCUUCACCAUUGCCCAUGAGUCAGGACACAAUUUCGGCAUGAUUCAUGACGGGGAAGGCAAUCCGUGCAGGAAGGCUGAGGGCAACAUCAUGUCUCCCACGCUGACAGGAAACAAUGGAGUGUUUUCGUGGUCUUCCUGCAGCCGACAGUAUCUCAAGAAGUUCCUUAGCACACCUCAGGCUGGGUGUCUAGUGGAUGAGCCCAAGCAAACAGGACAGUAUAAAUAUCCAGACAAACUGCCAGGGCAGAUUUACGAUGCAGACACACAAUGCAAGUGGCAAUUUGGAGCAAAAGCCAAGUUAUGCAGCCUUGGUUUCGCAAAGGACAUUUGCAAAUCACUCUGGUGCCACCGACUGGGCCACAGGUGUGAGACCAAGUUCAUGCCGGCAGCCGAAGGAACCGUUUGUGGCUUGAGUAUGUGGUGUCGCCAAGGCCAGUGUGUGAAGCUGGGGGAGCUCGGGCCGCGACCCGUCCAUGGCCAGUGGUCCUCCUGGUCGAAGUGGUCAGAAUGUUCCCGGACUUGUGGCGGAGGAGUGAAGUAUCAGGAGAGACACUGCAACAACCCCAAGCCUCAGUAUGGUGGCAAGUUCUGUCCAGGAUCUAGCCGUAUGUAUAAGCUGUGCAACACUGACCCUUGUAGUGCAAAUAGCUUGGAUUUUCGAGCCCAGCAGUGUGCAGAAUAUAACAGCAAGCCUUUCCGUGGAUGGUUCUACCAGUGGAAACCCUAUACAAAAGUGGAAGAGGAAGAUCGUUGUAAACUGUACUGUAAGGCCGAGAACUUUGAAUUUUUUUUUGCAAUGUCUGGCAAGGUGAAAGAUGGAACUCCUUGUUCACCGCACAAAAAUGACAUCUGUAUCGAUGGGAUUUGUGAACCAGUUGGAUGUGAUCAUGAACUGGGCUCCAAAGCAGUUUUGGACGCCUGUGGGGUCUGCAAAGGAGAUAACUCAACUUGCAAGUUUUAUAAAGGGCUGUACCUCAACCAGCAUAAAGCAAAUGAAUAUCAUCCGGUAGUCGUCAUUCCAGCCGGAGCCCGAAGCAUCGAGAUCCAGGAGCUGCAGAUUUCCCCCAGUUACCUCGCUGUGCGAAGCCUCAGCCAGAGGUAUUACCUCACCGGCGGCUGGAACAUUGACUGGCCGGGGGAGUUCCCCUUUGCAGGGACCACGUUUGAAUAUCAACGCUCCUUCAGCCACCCAGAACGCCUGUAUGCACCAGGACCCACGAACGAGACGCUGGUCUUCGAAAUUCUGAUGCAAGGCAAAAAUCCUGGAAUAGCUUGGAAGUACGCACUUCCCAAGGCCACAAACAGAACUCAUUCAGCCACAAAAAGACAGCAGCACACGUGGAGCACAAUGCAGUCAGCCUGCUCCGUCUCCUGCGGAGGAGGUUACAUAAGUGUAAAGGCCAUUUGCUUACGAGAUCAAAAUACUCAAGUCAAUUCCUCGUUCUGCAAUAUGAAAACCAAGCCAGCAACAGAACCCAAAAUAUGCAAUGCUUUCUCCUGCCCAGCCUAUUGGAUGCCCAGUGAAUGGAGCGCCUGCAGCAAGCCGUGUGCUGGGGGCCUGCAGAGCCGGAAGAUCCAGUGCGUGCAGAAGAAGCCCUUCCAGGAAGAGGAGGCAGUGCUGCAUUCUCUCUGUCCCGUGAGCACACCCACUCAGGUUCAGGUCUGCAACAGCCACACCUGCCCAGCAGCAUGGAGCCCGGGGCCCUGGUCUCAGUGUUCCAAGACCUGUGGACGUGGAGUGAGGCAGCGUGAGGUCCUGUGCAAGAGUUCUGCCACAGAAGUGCUCCCUGAGAGCCGGUGCAGCAGCAGCCCCAGACCCGAGGCACAGGAGGGCUGUGUGCUUGGACGGUGUCCCAAGAACAACCGGCUACAGUGGGUCACCUCUUCCUGGAGCGAGUGUUCCACGACCUGUGGCUUGGGUGUGAGGAGGAGAGAGAUGAAGUGCGGUGAGAAGACAUUGCAGGGGAAGCUGAUCACUUUCCCUGAGCGAAGGUGCCGCAGUAUUAAGAAACCAAACCUGGCCUUGGAAGACACGUGCAGCCACAGGGCUUGUCCCGUGUACAACCUGGCACCAGGAUGGUAUUCAUCGCCAUGGCAACAGUGCACAGUAUCCUGCGGAGGAGGCAUCCAGACCCGCUUAGUCCACUGUGUGCAGCAAGGCCGGCCCUCCUCCAGCUGCCUGCUCCACCAGAAGCCACCAGCGCUCCGAGCCUGUAAUACCAACUUCUGUCCAGCUCCGGAAAAGAGAGAGGACCCAUCCUGUGUAGAUUUCUUCAGCUGGUGCCCCCUGGUUCCUCAGCAUGGUAUCUGCAAUCACAAGUUUUAUGGGAAACAGUGCUGCAAGUCCUGCACAAGGAAGAGCUGAUCUGGGGGCCACCCCAGUAGUCUAUGUUUCAGCCUCCAGAGAGACCAGACCCCUUCCAUCCUAGGCUGAGCACUGGGACACUCCGUGAGCUGCUGAGGGUUCAAGGAGCUCCUGGCUGAUGCUGGUCUCCCCAGUCAAUCCCCGGAGCACGAGGUACUCUGAAGCACGUGAACAUGAGAAGCGAUGACAAAUCUGACUUACAGAAACAAAGAGCAAACUUGGAUUUGCACUGUUACACAGAAGAAGUGAUGCACCACACUGAGAUAUGUCAGUUUGUAAUUUGACAAGUUGAGUCUCAUCAAAUUUCAGACAGGCCCCUCUCCCUCUCCUUGAACUUCAAAGGAUUCAGUGGCAAAGACAUCUGUGUUUUGUUUUUUUUUUAAGGUUCUUUAAGACUUCAGGUCCAAUCAAAUAUGAAUGAAACACCAAUCAAAGAUGAACACCUGGCUGUUGCUUGGAGUUUACAGUUUGACUUAAACUGUGAACACCCAAACCAGGAGUUACAUCAAAGGACAAAUGGUGCUCACAAUUGUGCUUGCUGCUGGACUGGCAAGCUUCAUGUUAUGUUUAUUUAGUGUGUGUGUGGGUGUGUGUUUCAUUGAUUAAAAUAUAUUCUGCUUAUAGAGAGUCUCCAAGACUAAAAUUAGCAACUUGAAAAGUGUUCCAAGGAAUAUGGUGAAGAGAGAACAACACGAACUAUUGAAGAUCACCGUGGAAUAGAAAUUCACACUGGGUAGGGGGAAUGUGGUAGGAGACAAGUCCUGAUGUCCUUCACAUGGUAUCAACCUCAUCACUCUUGGUGCUUGCAGGGCAGCCUGGUGCCUGCUCUUUGGUGAUGAGAAUCGGUGAUUUGUUUGUUUCUGGUAAAAAAUAUAGGAGCAACUAGAUGGCAAAAUAACCAUUUGAAGGAAAGAAGCCCAUCAUUUACAAUGGCCCAUACAUAUUACCAUCGUUCUGAGAAAUCAAAGUCUGUUUGUGGCUUUUUCCUACCAACCAACAUGUUUAAAUUUUCCCUAAGGUUUAGUUAACAGCGGAAAAAACGGCUAUUAAUAAAUCGCAAUAUGCCAAGCCCCUUUAUUUUGCAAUGUUUCAAAUGAUAUUUUCAGUCAUCAGAAGCCAGCCGUUGAUAGGUAUUAAUGAGCUAAAAAUUGUCCACAAUUGGAAAACCACCACCCUGUUUUGCCAAAACCAAAGUAGUUUACAAGACUGUCCUGUAAGUUUUUUAGCAGUGGUUAUUAAAGGGCGCAUCUGUAUAAUGCUACUCUAUUCCUCAACUUCUUUGAUGAAUGUAACCCAGUUUUACUGCUUCAAAAUGUUCCAAUUCAGACAAAGACGAGCCAUCUCACCAUAACCAUCCAGACAGUGGUUUGUUAAAUUUAGCAGCAUCCUUUGUCCCCAUGGUAAUUAAAACCACAAGUUCUUGAAUCUCACAAAAAUAAUGAUUAGGAGCUUUUCUCAGCCUACUUGGCUUGGCCUUGAAUGGCAGCCAUUUUAUCAUGAGGAAAAAAUGGUUUCCCACCAAUCACAUCAUCCUUGCCCUCUGAAAAAUGGCAAGUUAUUUGUGUCUAUGUAAUUACCAUUUUAUUAUUUUAUGGAAAAGUAAUUUAUUAAUAGCCUAUUAUGUGUUCUCACUUGCUUCUCUGAGCAAGUGAUUAACUCUGAGGAAAAAUGUUGAAUAAAACCAUGAAUUAUAG